AUGGCGGACACUGUCUCGAAGCAUCGAGCUGAGUUUGCCUUUGCUCAGCUUGAGAAUGAGAGAUCUCUGACAUCUCUUCGUGACGAGCUAAGGGUAGCUCGUGGGAUUGUUGAUCGGUCUCGGGAUGAGAUAGCUGCUCUUCAGACCCUUGUUGAUGCCCACCAUCGGGAGCACAAGGCUCUCUGCGAGAUGCUUGAGCGCAAGGGCGUUCUUCAUCGGAAGAAGCAGCGUACUGAUGGUACGGCUUAA